ACCUAGCUACGGGUCAAAGCGAGACGACAGCCUGUGACUGCCAUUAUUUAUAGAUCUCACACGGCCUCUAUAGACUCUCAAGCACUGAACUUGGCCAUCUCCUUAUAUGAGUGAAACAACCGAAUCCAGGAUGGCAAACCUGAAAUUGCAAUCGACUAUACGUCUAUCAUCAGGCUACUUGAUGCCUCUCCUUGGCUUUGGUGUAUACCAAAACUAUACCACGAGAGAGUCAGUUCUCGAAGCGUUCAAAGCGGGAUACAGACAUGUGGACUCAGCCCAGGUCUACCGUAACGAAGCUCAUGUGGGGGAAGCCGUCAGAGAGAGCGGCUUGCCGCGUGAGGAACUCUUCAUCACGACGAAAUGUGUUAGCAAAACACAUGGUUACGAGAGUACUUUGAAAGGCGUUGACGAGUCCCUCACUAAAUUUGGCUUUAAUUACAUCGACCUUUUUCUCAUCCAUGACCCAUACUCCGGAAAAGACCUUCGACUCGCAACGUACAAAGCUCUCCUAGAGGCUCGUCAAGCUAGAAAGAUCAGAACUGUUGGCGUAUCCAACUACGGCAUCCAUCACCUGGAAGAAAUCAAAGAAGCAGGAUUCGAGACUCCCGCUGUGAACCAGAUUGAGCUGCACCCAUUCUGCCAACAGAAACCCAUUGUGGAAUAUUGCAAACAACAUGGUAUCGUUGUCCAAGCAUAUAGUCCUCUCGUUCGUGCCAAACGCAUGGAUCAUCCAACGAUAGCAAGUAUUGCUCAGAAGCACAAUCGUGAUCCUGCUCAGAUCCUGAUUCACUGGUCAUUGCAGAAGGGAUUUGUGCCCUUGCCCAAGUCUGCCAAUCCACAGCGAAUCUGGUCCAAUGCCCAAGUUUACGACUUCGCCUUGGACGAGUCAGAUAUGCAACAACUGGACGCAUUGGAUCAGGGAAAGGAAGGGGCUGUCACUUGGAAUCCUGUCGAUGCACCAUGAUCUCGAUCGAAAUGAGAGUCAAUGUUUGGACUUGGCAGAAGAGAAUAACGGAGAUCCAGAAUGAGAUUAUACAUCUAGAGAUGAACGAUACCAGUAUAACGGAAGGUAUACCUUACGAAGUGUGACGAUAGCAGGAAGAUUGUUUUCGACAGAGAAUACGAAAUGUUCGAAGCAUAUUCCAAUGAGAAGCUUAGUCCU